AUGGCGACCUUCAUUGCCGCGACGAAGCGGCCAUUUCUCACAUUGCCAUUCCUUAUUCCCUCCUUGUCGGAUUCGCUGGCUUUAGGCUUCCGACGAAACCAAUCUUCAUACCGACGAACCAAGCAGCGACUACGUGUGAAGCCAGACUCCUCAUUUGACCCGUCUAACCUGGGUCACGAUCACAUUAUCCACAACCCGCCAUCGAGUGCUCCAAAUGCCUACCACACCCCAUCCAAAUUCCUGCCAGCCGAUGAUGUUCGGAAAGCAUCAAUCCUCUCUUCCACUGCGACCCCCAAUGCCGACGAUCUUCCCGGUGUCUACAAGUCCGUGCCCGAAAGGAAAUACCACCUCUCCCCUUCGGAUAUUGAAGAAAUCCGCAAACUCCGCAUGAACGAUCCCAUGACCUGGAGCCGAAACAAGCUCGCCAAACGGUUUGAAUGCUCGCCCGUUUUUAUUGCCAUGGUUUGCCAGGCAAGCCCAGAGAAGAGAGAGAUCCAGGCCCGGAUCUUGGAGGCCGUGCAAUCGCGAUGGGGACCCAAGCGCCGCAUGGCCAGAGAGGACCGUCAACUGCGGCGCGAGGCCUGGGGACGAGAUGCAUAG